AUGGAAGUGUGGGAUAUAAGAUUUUCCACAUCAGAGAAAAAAGAUGGAAGUGAUGCAACGCAUCCUGAUCCUGAUUAUUCCUGUACGUACGUAGUGCUCAAAACUAACCAACAACGUUAUAAAGGAUAUGGUCUUACGUUUACUCUAGGGAGAGGAAAUGAAAUUGUAGCAGAAGCAUGUCACUCCCUGUUCCCGUUAAUAAAAGGCCAUACUACAACAAAAAUUUAUAGUGACUUUGGAAUCUUCUGGAGAAAGUUAACAAGCGAUUCGCAGUUGAGAUGGAUUGGACCCGAGAAAGGUGUCAUGCACCUAGCUACGGCAGCCAUCGUAAACGCAUUGUUGGACCUGUGGGCACGUAUCGAAGAUAAAUCUGUAUGGAAGCUUCUGGUAGACAUGACACCGGACGAACUUGUCUCGACCAUGGAUUUCAGAUACAUAUAAACAAAAACUGUUUUAUAAACUGUUUUCUAAGCGCUGAGGAAAUUUCGAAUGGAUAUAUUUCUAUGCAGUAGAGACACGGUGACUGAGGAGUACAUGAAAGGCAAGCUGAAACAAAACGAGCCGCGUAAAAAGGAACUUGAAGAGACGAUUCGGCAAACGGGAUAUCCGGCGUACACAACUCAGGCCGGAUGGUUGGGCUAUACCGACGAAAAAGUUGAAGAACUUUGUAGAAAAUCCGUUCAAGACAGUUUCAAAGGUUUCAAAUUGAAAGUAGGGAAUCUGGCGGACGAUAUGAGAAGGUGCAAAAUAGUAGAGGAAGUCAUAGGCUACGAGACCAAACUGAUGCUAGAUGCGAAUCAAGUUUGGGAUGUGGAUGAAGCGAUAACUUGGAUGGAAAUGUUAGCGAAAUAUUCUCCUUUCUGGAUAGAGGAACCGACGUCUCCCGAUGACGCUUUGGGACAUGCCGAGAUAAGAAAGAAGUUGAAAACUCACGAUAUCGGAAUAGCUAGUGGCGAAAUGUGCGCAAAUCGCAUUAUGUUCAAGCAAUUCCUGAAAUGUAACGGGAUGGACUUCUGUCAAGUCGAUGCAGCGAGGAUCGGCGGGGUUAACGAGCUCCUAGUUGUGUACUUUAUGGCAGAAAAGGCAGGAGUACCAGUUUGCCCGCAUACUGGUGGAGUAGGCCUGUCUGAGAUGAUUCUACACCUUCAGAUAUGGGACUACAUUUGCUUAAGUCAAACCGAUGAAAAUCGCAUGAUAGAAUAUGUAGAUCAACAGUAUGAGCACUUUCGAUAUCCUAACGAAGCAUCACACGGCGUGUACCAAGUGCCUAUCGCUCCUGGAUAUUCGACUGAACUAAAACAAGAGUCCAUUCAGGACUUUAUUUAUUCAACUAGUAACUCGUGUCAACGAUUCCAAGAUUUAAAGAUGCAAAAGAAGAUGAAGAAAAUUAAACGACUUGAAACUACACUAACAGAAAAAAAGGAAGAA